CAGCCCGGGCGCAGCGCGGCGCGGCCGCCUCCUCCUCCUCCUCGGCGCCGGCGGGACCCCCCCCGCCCCGUCCCCGGCCGCGCCGCGGCCAUGGCCGAGCUCAAGUCGCUGGGCGGCGAGGCGUACCUGGCGCUGGCCCCGGGCUACGGCCCGUCGGCUUUCGCCUACGGCGCGGUGCGCGGCGGCGGCGGCGAGGGCCCGCGGGGGGCCUACGCGGGGGGCGGCGGGGCGGACUUCCACGGCGGGGCGCUGGGCAAGUCGGCGGAGAGCAGCGGCGAGCAGAGCGGCGACGAGGAGGACGGCUUCGAGGCGGCGGGGAAGGGCGGCGCGGCCUUGGAGCGGGAGGGCAAGCUGAAGGCGGGCGCGCUGGGCAAGAAGCCCAAGGAGCAGCGCUCGCUGCGCCUCAGCAUCAACGCGCGGGAGCGGCGGCGGAUGCACGACCUCAACGACGCCCUGGACGGGCUGCGCUCCGUCAUCCCCUACGCGCACAGCCCCUCGGUGCGGAAACUCUCCAAAAUCGCCACGCUGCUGCUGGCCAAGAACUACAUCCUCAUGCAGGCGCAGGCCCUGGAGGAGAUGCGGCGGCUGGUGGCCUACCUGAACCAGGGGCAGGCGCUGGGCGCCCCGCUGCCCGCCACCCUCAACCCCUUCGCGCAGUCGGCCGUCUACCCCUUCGGCGGCGGCGCCGUGCCCGGCUGCCCCGAGAAAUGCACUGCCUUCACGGGAGCCGCCUCCGCCCUCUGCAAACACUGCAGCGACAAGCCCUGACUCCCGCCGGGGGGGGGCCGUCGGGUCGCGUUGUCUUUCGGCGCGCUUUUCUUCCCGCUGGCUUCCUACCAUCAGUUAAGUCCGGGUUUUCUUUUUGUUUGUCUUUCUUAAAUAACUGCAACACCCCCCCUCCCCCGGUUUGGAAAUAUUUGGCAGUUUAUUUGGACUCAAACACACUUUAAAAUUCAUUUAAUUUAACCCCCCCCCCUCCCCGGCUCAACUUUGUGUAGAGUUAUUUCCUUCCCAGCCUGUUAACAGACUGCGAGCGUAACGCUGCCCUGCCGCUUGCUCUCACCGCACAGUUCUCCAGCAGUUUCUAAACAAAACUGUAGAAAGGGAGAGGUGGAGCUGGAAAAGAAACCUCAGCUGGUUUCCUUUAGAAUGAUCGACCUGGGUAAAAAGUUUUUCAAAAAGAAGGAAGGGAAAAAACAAAAAGGCCCCAGAGCUAUGCAAGGUUUCAGAGUCGCAUCUGGAGCAGGGGGGUCCUGUGCACCCAGCUGGGAUUUGACUGUACCUGCCAAUCCCAAAUGUCAGUCGGUCGGCUCACGGGAGGGGGGAGCGUGGUGUACCGAUAAAACCACAGGUGCUUCUGAAUAAGAUGCAUUUAUGUGUUCUUUCUUUUAAAACAAAGCAAGAACCCAUUCGUGAACUGAGAGAAAUCCUUGAUUGUAUUCUGCUGCCUGCUUUUUUGCCUGUUGCUCAGCUUGGUUGAGUUUUCGGAUGUUUUCCAAAGUCAUCUCUCAUCAUGGUAAACAAAACAAAAGGUCACUUAACGUAUUUAUAUGUAUUUAUAAUAAAUAAAAGACAUGAAUACCUGCUCUCUGUCCUACAUGUCUCUAAUCCAGUUGGCAGUCUAAGCAAAGCUCCUGCUGAAGUAAGGUUGAACAGGGACGGCAGCAAAGCAAAGCAGUCCUUUGCAGAGGGUCAGCGUGGUAGUUAGGUAAAUGAAAAAGCUUAAAAAGCUUCUGGACAUCUGACUCCUUAUCAGCAGGAUUUUGCCUUUUCUCCAGUUUGUCUCAUGGAUCUUGAGCACACAGAAAAUGUCACUUAAGCCCAGCAUUUACAGUUACGUAGGUAGAGACUGACCUUGUGCGCUUGGACACUUGCUGGGGAGGGCUUUGCCCUCGAAGCUGGAGUUGUGUUUAAAAGGGGUUAUUGUACUUUCAGCUCAGCUCCAAGGGCACCCAUUUAAAACACGGCAGGGAAGGAAAUUGCUUAAAGACUGCUUUUCCCUUUUGCUUGGUUUUCUAUUGUAUCUACAACUUGACUGUAGACUUGUGUGGGCUUCGGGCCACUUAAAUAUCAUCACUAAAGUAAUAAUCUCUUGCCAAGUGCUGGCUGCAUUGCUACGAGUUACCAAGUGAGUCCCAUACCGGCUAAGUUUUUGUUGUUGUGUUGGUUUGCUUGGGUUUUCUGUUUUAUUACAUUUAAUGCUUUGGUGCCUUGUAUGCUUCACUAAUCAUUAUAUAAUCAUAAUUGAGGUGCGUUCAGUGAUUUGUGUUCAGCUCGGAGUUACCCACCCAAUGUCAGAACAACCACGUAAACUGGUACAGCCGCAGCCCCAGGGGCUGGAGCUGUCCGUGGCCAUUUGUGUUAGGGUUGGGGUGUAACUAUUUAAGGUUAUUAAACCAAUUUCCAUGGCUGUCGCUACUGUUAUGCUAAUUUGAAAAGGACUGCCGUCCCUCUAAAGCUGCUUGUCUAUGGCACUUAAUUUUAAUUAAUACAUUUCCAAGAGACUUUUUGUGUUUGGAAAAUGAAGUGUGUGAUUAAGCCUCAUUCGUAAAGACAUAUGCUUAAAACUGGUUCCUGCUCAUUUCCAUUUUUACAUCUUCAUUUUGUCUUUUUUUACAGAACAGUUUUACAGAACAGUUUAUCUGUUGUACCUCUUUCCAUAAAAAAAGUCUUGAAAAUAUUCUUGCAAGGCAUCUGAUGAAGCUAAAGCCAACCAAAUCCCCUACUAAAGCAAAAAUGACUGGAAACUGCAAAUCAGCAAAGGUCACUUAAAAUUCUGCAGACUGAGUUGCUGCCUAAAACUAUUCUGAAUUCAGGGUCAGUUUAGCACAGAAUCACGAUUUUAAGGUAAAUAUUUAAUUUUGGUUAAAAUUACUGGAAAUUGAGCAGUUGGGGAUAUUUAAAUGGAGAAUAGUUUAACUGUUCUGUUUUCACUGAGACUUAAAAUAGCUGGAAAAUAAAUUACCUAAGUUUAAUAUUAAAUAUGGAUUUCAUUUUGUCAAAGACUUGUACUAAUAACAGUUUUUAUAAUUGCUUCUUUUUAAAAUAAUUACGACCAAAAAAGUGACUCACCUGUAAUUUCAGAGCCUGGAAAAAUCGUCAGUCUUAGAAAAAAGUUAUAUUUUGGAACUAUGUUUUUAGUACAGUGAUUAUUUAACUCUUUUCCUACAAUUUCCAUGAGAAGAAAGCUUGCUUAUAUUACCAUAUCUAUCUGGAGACUAAAAAAGAAAAUCUACCUUCUGAGAGUCCUUGAAAUAUUCAAAAGGCUCUUUUGGGAAACCACUUAGAAUCAAAUGAUGUUGUACUCAGAAGGCUAAAACACUGAAUUUCAAAUACAGAAGAUAAAACCUGCAGUAAAGAAAAUUGCAUAGAGAAAGUCGCAAGCUUGAGUAUCUAAGUACGGUUAAAGGGCUAGAUAUUAAAAAGGAAAAAUGUAGAACUUAUCAAAGCGAUACUGGAGUAACUCGUAAAACAUUGUUUAAAUGUACUUUGAAGAAGUACAGUUCUAUUAAUUCAAAUGUUAAAAAAAGUCUAAUAGUAACGCUUCCUUUUCCUGCAACAGAUACCCAAUUAAUGUUAAACAAACUUGACUAACUUCUCAGUUAAUCUGAAAGUUCAGUUCUGCGAGUUGUUUCUGGCCACCAUGGACUUGCAGUAUUUUAACUCUAAUUUUUAUACAGAGCUGAAACCCAUACUGAGCCCUUCUCAUCUCUUGUUGACAGGAAGGCAUCAAUUUCAGUAUGAUUUGCGCUUUGUGUUGUGCUGCUGCUAAAAACGCUGCCAAGUGAAUGCCUAAAACUGCAGGAAAGAAGGUUUUGUUGGGGCGGUGCGGAGGGGAUAAGCCAGCAUCUGACUAUUGCAUUUGUGUGUGCGAACCGUCAGUGUUAACCGUGCAAAUGUGCAUGGUUGUCUUGGGGAUGAGAUCCUGUAAUUUCUCAUUUGGUUUUCCCCUUCUCUGGCGUAUGAAAAAACUUUGAUUUUGUAUUCCAUGUUAGGAUUUAACUGUCUGCUUUUGGUUGCUGUUUCAGAGAAUAUAAAGAGUGGACUUCAAUAUGCUGAAAAUCUUUUAUUCUGCUAAAAUAUUCUUGUAAAAUAUGCUGCUUUUUUUCUUUUUUUAAGGAAGGAUUUAUGGUGUAUGCUCAGAUGGAACUGAAAUACAGAUCAUGUAUUCUGUCUAACCUUGUUAUCUUGGAUAUCUUGGUAUGUUCAUACUUCAUAGAAAACGCACCAAAUGCCAACUUUUAAUUAAAGAUAAUAUAUUGUUUUCUAA